UUUCUAAAAACCUGAGAUGGCAUAGCAGUGAAGAUGUGUACAAAUGUAAGGAAUGUGAAAAAAAAAUUAAGAAAAUUUCAACCCUUCAUCAAUGCCAAAGUAUUCCUAUGGGAGAGAAGCCCCACAUAUGUGAAGAAUGUGGGAAAAGUUUUACUAAAAGAGGACAACUUACUCAACACCAGAGAAUACAUAUCAUAGAGAAGCCCUACAAAUGUGAAGAAUGUGGGAAAGGAUUUACUCGAAGAGCACAACUUACCCUACAUCACAGUAUUCAUACUGGAGAGAAGCCCUACAAAUGUAAGGAAUGUAGCAAGGCUUUUAGGUGUAGUUCAUAUCUUACUCAACAUCAGAGAAUUCAUACUGGAGAGAAGCCCUAUAGAUGUAAAAAAUGUGGGAAAGAAUAUAGACAAACUGCAGGUCUUUCUCAGCACCAGAGUACUCAUACUGCAGAGAAACCCUAUAAAUGUAAAGAAUGUGGGAAAGGAUUUACUCGAAGAACACACCUUACUCUACACCACAGUAUUCAUACUGAAGAGAAACCCUACAAAUGUAAGGAAUGUAGCAAAGCUUUUAAUCGAAGAUCAAACCUUACACAACACCAGAGAAUUCAUACUGGAGAGAAGCCCUACAAAUGUAAAGAAUGUGGGAAAGAAUAUACUCAAAGAGCAGGCCUUACUCUACACCAGAGUACUCAUACUGUAGAGAAGCCCUACAAAUGUGAAGAAUGUGGAAAAGGAUUUGCUCAAAGAGUACACCUCACUCUACACCACAGUAUUCAUACUGGAGAGAAGCCCUACAAAUGUAAGGAAUGUGGCAAAGCUUUUAGGUGUAAUUCAUUUCUUACUCGACAUCAGAGAAUUCAUACUGGAGAGAAGCCCUACAAAUGUAAAGAAUGUGGGAAAGAAUAUACUCAAAGAGCAGGCCUUGCUCAUCACCAGAGUAUUCAUACUGGAGAGAAGCCCUACAAAUGUGAAAAAUGUGGCAAACGAUAUACUCAAAGAGUAGGGCUUACUCAACACCAGAGAUUUCAUACAGGAGAGAAKCCCUACAAAUGUAAUAAGUGUGUUAAAGCUUUUAGGUAUAAAUCAAGCCUUACCCAGCACCAGAGAAUUCAUAAUGCAGAGAUUCAAGUUGAAGAAUGUGGGAAAGGUCUUAAUGAAAGAGUAUGGCUUACUCAUCACCAGACCAAUCAUAAUGAGGAGAGGUAGUACAAAUGUAAAAACUGUUGCAGACCUUUUAGCAAUGGCUCAAACAUUGCUUAUCACUGGAGAAUUCAUGUGUAUAGA